AAACGAAAAUAGAGACGUAAUUCUACUUAUUUCACCAGACAGAACGCAUUUCAGUUGACGACUCAGCACAAUUAACAUCAAAUAACCAGCUUUAAUUUUUCACUUGCCCAAAAUAGAACCGUGCUCCACUCCCCCCCGCAAUAAUCGACGACUGCGCCUCCUUCUUUGUUGUUGCGCGCAGAAACACAUGUGCGCGGUGUAAGAAGAAGAACCACAACAUCACUUCACUUGUAAAUAUCUCUUUCAGUUUUCGCACCGUCAUCGUCGUCGGGAAUGUCGCAACUCGACAACCUAUUCAUCCAGGUCCGCGCUCUCCUCCAGUCCGAGGGCGUGAAGCUGUGGGAGGAGCCCUACUACUCCGAGGAUCUCGGCAGCAUCGAGGGCGCCCUGGAGAACCUGGCCCAGAAGUACUCCGGCAUCGUGGGAAUCGAUAUGAGUCGCUGCAAGUUCAUUUUGACCGAGCUGCAGGAGAAUGCGCUCCGUAAGCUGGCCGCUCGACGGGAGUUCAGCUCGACUGGAACGGCCACGUUCAAGGUGCGCCGCAUUGACAAGCACAGCGGUGCCACCAUGGUGGACGUGAAGUGCAGCUUGGACAUCCUGGGCUCCGAACUGCAGGCAGACAUAGCCAAGAAACUCCAGCUGCCGAAUGCUGAGCACGUCAAGUGCAUAGCUGCCGGAAAAAUUGUGUCCGCCCAUGCCACUUUGGCCGAUCAGCAGCUGAAGAACAAUCAGCAGUUGAUUGUUAUCGUGGGCGAUGGCGAUAAUACUGGCGAAGUCCUUUACGAAAGGAUCAAUCGCAUCAAGGCUGAUGUGCAAGCCGUGGUGACCUCGAAGAAUGGCCUAAUAGAGAUGGAGGAUCAGAAUGGCAGCCAAGUGUAUUUGCCGCCUUCCGAGCACAAGGCCCUGCUCAUGGGUUUGGGAUUCUGUGAGAAGGCCCGUGCGGCCAUGCAUCGCGAGCAUUUUGAGGAGGCUCUGCUCCUGCUUUUGGAGGCCGACGCCUACUUUUCCGGCUGUAACUCAAAGUUUCUAGAGAGCGUGGACAACUACGCUUUGCUGAACCUGGACAUUGUGUGGUGCUAUCUCUGUCUGAAGAACGUGACCCAGAUCCCGGAUGCUGAGCGCCGCUUGGCCUGCUGCAGUCGCAAUUUCCGCAUCAGCUACGGCGAGAACUUCGAGAGGCUGUACUCCUUGAAGGGCAAGGACUGCCCGGAAAGGGCGUUGAUUAUGCGCCUUCAGCUGCUCCAGGGUGUGGUCUUCUUCCACCAGAAUCGUCGCGAUGAGGCAUUCGAGCGCUUCGAGGCGGCCAACACUCUGCUAAAGGAACUAAAGAUCAACGGCGACCAACUGGCUCUCCUGGUCGAAAUGGGCUUCGAGCCCUCCGAGGCUCGUAUGGCCCUGCGCUCCUGCAAGGGCGGCAACGACGUCGAGCAGGCUGUGCAGUUUAUUCAAGAGCGUCGUCAGCAGCUCAAGAAUGCACGCAGAAAGUACAAAACCACCGAGCGUGCUGUGGAGCGCCGCUUGAAGCGCUCCAACUCCAAAGAUUGCACCUGGGUGAAUCCCCGCAGUGUCUGCAGCCUCACUGAAAUGGGAUACGAAAGCGGACUGGCUACUAUCGCCUUGCAGCGCUCUAAAAAUGAUAUCCUUCAAGCGGUGGAACUGUUGCAGUCAGGAGCAGACGAACUUUGUGCUUAUUUGCCUCGUACUCCGGUGACCAUUGACGCGACGAAACUGGCUCAGCUUCUCCAGCUGGGAUUCUACGAGAAGGACUCGCGCGUGGCCCUAGAGAACGCAUCGAAUAACAUCGAAGAGGCCAUCGAGAGCCUGAUGUGUGCCAUAGAGAGCGAGGAGGAACUGAAGACGAUUCUAGAGCACGUUGGACGUAUGGCCAAAACUGGCGGGCAAAAUCUUGAUGGUCCCUCUACAUCGACUGCCUCAGGGCAGGCGCAAACUGCACUGCCAUCGCCAAUCAUCGAAGCUGUUCUGAGUCAUGCUCGAUCCGAGAUAGAAACUUACAAGGCCUACGAUCGCUUUAACUCAGACCUCAAACUGAGCGAUAUGGAGUACCUUGACUUGCCCCUGAUCCAGGAGGAGAAGGUCCUGACUGAGUAUUUUAAUAUGCUGCGGCAGUAGCUUGCAUUCGCCUUGCCUUUGUUAUAUCUAUACAACAAAUAGAAAAACCAAAACCGGUUGUCAAGAUAACUGUAAUCAUGACUUGUCUAUAUUGCAAAUCGUAGUCUUAUAAUGGCACUUAAGUGGCAUUCAUCUCCCCCUCCUGGUUGUUGUUUGUCCAGCUCGGCAAAUAGUAACAUAUAAAGAUGUAUAAGUACAUGCAUACCCCUUCUAUUGACAACUGCGAAAUGUGAUUACGCCGAGCCAAUGGCAGAAUCCACCUUCUGUAGCCACCUGAAACUUGUUAGCGCCUCUGGUCAUUGCUUAUUUUUAAUUUUAUUUUUGUCGCUUGACUCUCGACCCGGGCUCGAACGGCGGCGCUUGAUUGGCUUCAGUUGUGACCUUGUUGAGGCCAAAGGGCGCCGCUUACUAAGCUCAUCCCGUCGACGAAUCGAGCGGAACUUACACGAUUGCCUUACGAAGAAUUUUAUACACAAAUCGCACCAAGUCUGAAGACAACAUAUUACAAAGCUAUCAAUUGGUGUUCUAUAUGUACAUAUCUGUAAAAUGUAAAAAUGUUCUAUUUAUACACGUUACUCGCAGAGUGAAAAGUAUGUAACUGGUAGAACUAAGCCCAUUUUGGCUAAGUAGGGAGUAUAUAAUAGUCGGGAUACCGGACUAGGCGCUUUUUCUUUUGUAUAAAUUGGCAGCAAAGGUUUCAAGUAAGCUGUGGCUAAUGUGUUCUAAACCUGGUUUACAUCCUUUUUGGCCUGAAUUGAAAAAUCCAGCGACUGAGAUUUUUCUUCGUAGGUAAAUGAAAUAAAUUUAGUUGUUAUAAUACUUUCCAAAUGUCUUAUAUAGUCUGUGGCUCAAACGUU